CAAAUCUCUUGCUCUGACGGACAUUGCAGGAAUGUAAUUGCCACUGCGUAUGCUGGGCAUUGCAAGCUUGCAAGACAGCUUGGACCUCCAGACCAAGAUGGGUUGUCUUUGGUGGUGUCUCCUGAUGCUAGGAGCUGUUGCCUUUCUGACGGAGGACUGUUCUGGCAGCUCCUCUUCUUCCUCGCACUCCUUGCGCCUUUUGUACACGGUGCUGGCGGAGUUUGACCAGGAGCAGCCGGAGGUCACUGUGCUGGGCUACGUAGAUGACCAGCUCAUCUUUCGCUAUGACAGCAGCACCAGGCAGAUUCGGCCUCAAGUGGCCUGGAUGAGCAAGAUGAGAGCAGAGGACCCCCAGUAUUGGGACAAGGAGAUCCAGAGGAUUCAGAGCUGGAGUCUUGAGCUGAAGCAGAUGCUGAAUAUCUUCACCAGGCUCCCCAUCGAGAAGAAGGUUGCCCCUACCUUGCAGUAUAUGGAAGGCUGCAAGGUUCUCAGCAAUGGGAAUAACGAAGGCUACGCCGCGUCCGCUUAUGACGGGCGGAGGUUUCUCACCUUUGACCGGCAGGCCGUGAACUGGAGAGCCGCUGACUUCAUGGGCCACGUAUUGCGGUUGAUGUUUCUCAGGAACAGCAAUCAAACACAAAAAUUAAAGUCCUACCUGGAGGAGGAGUGCAUUGAGCAGCUCAGGAAAUUCUUAGAGAUUGGGAAAGAGGCCCUGCUGAGGAAAGAGUCCCCGGUAGUGAAGGCUACCCGUUGGGUAGGGAACGACAGCCUGCAAAUCCUUGUCUGCCAAGCCUACGGCUUCUACCCCAAGGAGAUUGACAUCACCUGGAGGAAGGAUGGUGAGGUUUGGGAACAGGACCACUUCCCCAAUGCUGUCGCUCCCAACUCGGAUGGGACAUACCACACCUGGCUCAGUGUUCAGAUUGACCCAAAAGACCGGGAUCGCUACCAGUGCCAUGUGGAACACGACAGUUUCCAAGACCCUCUGGAUGUGGCUUGGGAGGAUUCUGAGCGACAUCCCAGGAAUCACUCCACUUUUAGACAGAAGGAAUUGGGGAACAGGACUCAAGAGUGCAGUGCAGUGGCUUCCUCUUUCUGCACGGAAAGGACAGAGGAUGUGAUUUCAGCUGUGUUGAAUCUGAAAGACACCGUGGAAAAGGCUAUGAGAUGCUUUGAGAAGCGGCUGUCCGACCUGGAGAACACGGUGGAAAACCUCACAUGCCAAAGUAAAAAUGAAUAAAUUCUGCUGGGUUGAAGGACACAAAUCAAAUGAGGUCAAAGCAAUGGAAGCACCCGAGCAUCCCUUUUGUGAAGUUAGAGAAGAGGUGGAGAAAACAGUAGACUUUUAAAACAUUAAAAAAAACCCCAAAUGGUGGAAGGAAUAACCAAAAAUGUUUCUUGUUUAUGUCAUAAACUUGUAUGAGCCACACAUGAUAGCUUUACUUAGUUUGCUUUCUCAGAUAUAAAACAGGGGAAAAGCUUAUUCUCCCCUUUAGCUGUCUGCUGGUUAUUCAAGCGUGUUUUCCUUUUUAAUUAGCCACCGCAAAAAACUGAAGGAUUUUUUUUGUUCUUUAAUAAAGGGAAAUAAAGGAAGAAUAUGAUACAAAAACUGGGAUACUGUACUAAUAAACCUCCCUAUAUUUCCAACAUACA